AUGCAACACCCUCGCCCCAAGUACUACUUCGUCCGCUCACGGCCAGACAGUCAGAGACACCAACACCAGCGCAACACCAACAGCACCAGCCCCAGCAGCAACGGGGGCGGGAACAGAGUCAGCUUCCAACUCACGCCCACGCUCCGCGUCGACCGCAGGCGCUCGCGCGAUAUGACGCCACCACCGUCAAGCCGCCGCCGCCACCACCACACAUCUUCCCACCGCCAUCGUGAUCAUGGUGACAGCGGCGGCCAUCCAGCAGCACAUCAUGGAGACCCGCGCCGUCAUUACUGCCGACCGGCCUUUGUCACCGCAGCUAAGGAGUUGCUCGAGGCGCUAGACGCAGCGCAUACGGUGUGCAUAGGACUGCUAGAUGCGCACAAGAAAGAUACGGAGUCGUUGAGGCAGUUUGCGGGGCGGAGGGUGUUGGAUGUGGUUUGGUGUGCGAGGGUGGGUGAGGUGGGUGGUGUUGAUGGUGAGGAUGAUAAGAAAGGAGAGUCAGAGAGGCAGAAGUUAGGUGGUGUUCUGGAAAAGGUGGAGAAGGCGUUGGCGGGAGUGGCGAGGGCAAAGAUUUGGGAGAUUGGAGAGGAUGGCGGUAAUGUGGAGGAGGAGAGGUUGGUGGAAAAGGUCAAGGAUUCGAGGGAGAUUUUCCCGGGCUUGGUGGAUAUGGCGUUGCGGGAGGUGAGAGGGAUGAGAGACUUGGUUGCAGAGAUGGUGCUGUUGGAAGCAAUGCUGGAGAGCGUGCUGAAGAAACAGAGCGAGACUACUGCAAGCCAACGACAAUUGGAGUAG